AGCUUUACCCAAAUAUUUCACAAAAAUCUCAAGAUUCUGAGAAACUAAGGGAUACCAGUGUUGAGGAUCCUUUCUGAUCUGCUUGCCACAAUCUUUCCAUUUCCUGAAUCUUAAGAAGCACCACUAUUCCCUGAAGUGACAGUCUGAGAAGAGAAACACGAUGGGAGUGACAGUACAAAAUAUAACAGGAAACACAGCUCUAGUAAUCUGGCCUAAAAUGGCAAGUUGUGUUGACAGCUUUUAUAGCAUCAUGUACAAUCCAAACUGGGAUAAAAUGCUGUCAGGGUAUACCAGAAAAUAUUUUCAGAAAGAGGAAAGAGUGCCAGCUGGCCGUUCUUCAUUCGUUCUUGAGAACCUGAUUCCAUUAACAACAUACAUUCUGUGUGUAACAUGCCAGUCAGCAAAUCCAUCCAGUGAUCAGUGCAGAGUUUUCAACACACCUGAACAAGACCCGUCAACCACAAACAACAAAAAGAAAGAUGUGGCAGUGGGCAUAUGGCUAACCAGUACAGUUUUGCUACUCAUCAUUAUUGGUAUCCUCAUCUAUGGAAGCUUGCAUAUAUGGUGGCGCAAAAGGAGAGAGCGUUCAGAGAGACAAAGCAUUAGACCAGACAAUAAGGAAGAAACAUGGGCAAAACAAGGAGCAUGCAAUUCAGAGCUUUUCAACAAGCAGCCCCAAGCAGCCCAAGGAGUUGAGAUCAGAAGUACAGAUGGUGCCCAGUUGGCUACAAUUAUUGCAAAUCCUUUAACAUCUAAGAAGCCCAUCAUGAUGAAUUCCAAAAGCCAGGAUUAUAUGCCUAUGUCUAUAUGUCAGUCUGCCCUAACUUAGAUACCCUUCAUUAGGGCCAGGCAGCAUUCAUGAUCUGCUGUACACAACAACGUAUUUAGCAUGCAACAGACAUGCAACUGGUUUGAUCAUUAUUCAAGAAAAACUGUUCUAUGCAAUCACUUUUCUAAAUAGCAACUUCAUCUAAGCUAUCACAACUGUAUUUCAUUAGAGGAAAAAUAAGGCAUAGCAGAAAAUCUAAUACCCUCCUUGAUUUUCCAAGUACAGGAAGAGAUAAAUCAACAGCUGGAAAUCAGGUAGCUACUUUAGCUCUGUUGCCAAGUCACUGCGUACUCGGUAGAAUUUUUGAAUGUUUUUUAUUUGAA